UGUAUGUAAAUUGAGAAUGCUGAAAGUGGGUUAUUCCACUGUUUUCAAGCGUGGACGUUUGUGCAGUUUAUCUAGCCGGUGUUUGUCAACAACGUCAGUUUUGAGCAUGCCUAUUAAGGUGGGAGAAAAGCUGCCAAGCGUUGUCCUGUAUGAAGGUAACCCAGAGAACAAAGUGAACACAUCAGACCUGUUCUCCAAAGGAAAAUGCAUCAUCUUUGGUAUCCCUGGAGCAUUUACCCCCACUUGCACAAAGAGUCAUGCUCCAGGGUUUAUUGAAAAUUCUGAUGAAUUGAAAGCGAAAGGAAUCACUACCAUCGCAUGUGUCUCUGUGAAUGACCCCUUUGUGAUGGAUGCAUGGGGGAAGUCUCUCUCUGCAGAGGGAAAGGUCAGAAUGUUAGCAGACACAAAUGGGGAAUUUACGAAAAAAAUUGAUAUGGAGCUUGAUUUGACAGGACCACUAGGUGGUAUUCGAUCAAGACGCUAUGCAAUGAUAGUAAAGGAUGGAGUUGUUGAAGCGAUGAACGCCGAACCUGGAGGCAGGGGCUUCUCAUGCAGCGCGGCGGAGGAAGUCAUCAAACUCCUGUAGAUUAGAUGAUGUACCCAUUUCUUUCUGCUGUUUUACCCAGUCCAGACCCCCUCGACCUCCCCCUGGAUCUGCACCUGCGAACUCUGUCCAAACCGGAAGCUGUGUAAUCCAGCAUGAUCGCUGUUCAGUGAAAAUACUUGAGUUAAAUCUGUCUAAUUCAACACUCUGUAUAUCAGUUAUUUGUGUCAAUCCACCAUAUUUUUUAAUUACUUUAUUAUUUAUUUAUUGUUUAAAUAUUACAAAAUUAUUAUAAAGAGAGUGGAAAAAGUCAUGUUUUAAGGGUAUCUGAUUUUGAGAGAUUCUGUACUGAUAUUUAAAAAGAGCUCAUGAAAAAUGAGGCAAUUCUGGUUUACUAAGGGUUCAGUUUUGAGUGUUGACUAUUAGUCCAUGAUGUCAUUCCAGCACAGUUACGAAAAAGUUAAAAGUAAACCUUUGAUUUGUUGUUUUAAGUCUGUUAAAAUACUAUAUUGUAAUACAAUGCAAUGCAAUACAAGACAUUAGCAUGUUGUGAUACAACAUGUUACGUUGUGAUUCAAUGUUAUUAUAACAUUGUAAUACAAGACAUCGAUUAAAUGAUAAUUUAUAUGUAUAUUAUGAUUGGUGUCUUGUUUGUUUACAUAAAAUUUACAUAUACAUCUGACGACCUUAUUAAAAAAAGGUAUAAUUGAUUUGUCAAUUCAUUCCAUUCAGUCCAUAUUUAUAGGUUCAGUUAGCCUUUUAGAAACACCCAGAAAAUAAUGGCCGGUAUACAAAAUAUUUAAGUAUAGGGGAAAAUGUAAUAAAAAUAAAGUUGCUAGCAUAUAAGCAAUGGACAUUUUAUCUUCUAUAAUUUCAUUUUUAAAAAGUAAAAAAGUAAACAAAAUUGACUGAUCUUGUUGUGUUGUUUUUCUGAUAGAUCUCCAUUUCAUAUUCUGUUUGUUUUAUAAUGGUGAACAAAUUUAAUCAGUGUUAUUAAAUAUUACUAUUAUUUUCAGGUUUUCCUUGGUUGUUAACGAUGGAGUGGUCACCUCGGUGAAUGUGGAACCAGAUGGUACUGGGUUGACCUGCAGUGCAGCACAUGAAGUGCUUAAACUGGUGAUGGCCAUUCACACCAUGAGUUAAUUAACCAAAGAUCAAAUUUAACAAUGUGUAUUGAGAAGUAUUGCCAGAAAAGAAACAAUUUCCAAGGUUAUUCUUAGAAAAAAAUAUUGUUUUUAUGAAACAAAAUCAAUUUGAAAGAAAAGACCUUUGUUUUCAAUGAUGAAUCAAAAUGUCUUCCGUUUUUGACAGCAUAAUACUGUAGAUCCUGAAAUUAAUGCGAUUAUAAUAUUAAUGUGAAAAAUGCGUGCUCGUGUUAUUUGCAUUAAUAAUAUAAUGCAUUUACUUCUAUGUUUUGUCUAUGUAUCCCAUGUUAUUAAAACAAAACAAAACAAAGAUUAAAAUUGUAACAUAUAACACAACUGGAAAACAAUUCAUUGUAGGCAUGUCUGACUAAUUGUUGACUAGUCCAGUAAGCUAUGUGUCACAUUCUUUUAAAACAAAGAUUAAAAUUCUAAUACAUUUAUAACA